UCACCUGCGACGCAGUUUGCGACAGCCACGCGCCAGCUGCAGUGUUGUUGUGGUCUGCUGCGCGAGAAGUUAGCUAUUACCGAGUAGCUGGAGACAAGGAGGUGUUUCUUUACCAAAGUGUGGAGUUCACAAAGUAACAGAGGAGCGGAGGGCGGCGGGGAGAGCAGCGGAAGAGCAGCGGAAGAGCAGCGGAAGGGCAGCCUCUUCUUCCUUCUUGUCUGACGGCUGUGAGUGUGACAGGGCAGGAGGAGGAGGAGGAGGAGGACGAGGACGGCCAUGUAGUUGAGGCAGAAGAAUGAGCAGUCAGCACGCGACAACAGAUGGGACAGAAGACCACACAGUCCAGCAGGAAAAUGAACUAGAAGCCCUCGCGUCUAUCUUUGGAGAUGAUUUCCUGGAUCUGCGGAACAAGGAUCCUUGGAAGGUUAAAAGGCCUCCAGAGGUGCACCUGUGUCUGCGGCCCAACGGGCUGAACACUGGUGAGGAAUGCUACGUGACUGUGGACUUGCAGGUCAAAUGCCCACCCACCUACCCAGACGUGCCUCCAGAGCUGGAGCUGAAGAAUGCCAAAGGUCUGUCAAAUGAAAACCUCCAGAAUCUUCAGAGUGAACUCACAAAGCUGGCAGGAGCACGAUGUGGGGAGGUGAUGAUUUACGAGCUAGCAGACCAUAUCCAGGGCUUCCUGAGCGAGUACAACAAGCCUCCAUCGAGCUCCUUCCAUGAAGAGAUGCUUAAGAACCAGCGGAGACUGCAGGAGAAACUAGCCCAGGAGGAGCAGCAGAGGAUGGACCAGCGGCGCAAGCAGGAGGAGGAUAUGGAAAAAGAGAUCAUGGCUGAAAUCCAAAGAAGAGAGGAGGAGAAACGAGAGGAAAAGAGAAGAAAAGAGAUCGCCAAACAGGAACGACUCGAGAGUAUGGAGCAGCCAGGCCUUGCUAAUGCCUCCCUGUUAGGGAAGAGCCCACCUAGCCCAGGUGGAACUCCUCCUGAACUGACAGAAGCCAAGAAAGCAGUUGGUAGCCGCCGCCGGACUACCUCAAAUACACGCCACAGACGUGACACGGUUAAUGAAGACAACCAUCGUUCGCAAGAGCUUCUUCACUUCAACAGCAGCACUUUUGGAGAACUUGUAGUCCACAGAGGGAAAAGCUUAGGUGAAAGCGAAAGGCCUCCGCCGGACGUUUAUUAUGGAUUUGAGGCAAACUCGGGAGACUUCGCUGUGAUCUACGAGUGGUCGCUGCACUGGAACAAGAAGAUGGGAAAGUUCUUCACCAGCCAGGAGAAAGGAAGGAUCGAGAACUGCAAAAAGCAGAUCCACGGGGCAGAAAAUGAGUUUAACUCCCUCCUGCGCCUGGAUCACCCAAACUUGGUGCACUACAUGGCGCUGAGCUCCACUGAGAAGGAGGACUGCCUUGUGGUUAACCUGCUGGUGGCGCACGUGCCCGGCAUCAAUUUAAACCAAAGCCUAACUGCCCACGGCCCGGUCCCUUUGGAUAAACUGUGCCAUUACACGGCCCAGCUGUUGGCCGCUCUCGACUAUCUUCACUCCAACUCUGUGGUCCACAAACAGCUGGGGGCCUCCAGCGUGCUGCUGGACUCUGAGGGCAACGUUCGAUUGACUGAUUACAGCUUAUCUAAGAGAUUUGCUGAUAUCUGCAAAGAAGACAUUUUCGAGCAAGCCCACGUGCGUUUCUCAGAGGAUACAGCGAUGCCAACAAAAACGGGCAAAAAAGGGGACGUGUGGAACUUGGGGCUGAUGCUGCUGGCUCUGAGUCAGGGGAAGGAGGUGAAGGAGUAUCCAGUGAUGGUGCCAGCCAGCCUGCCCGCUGACUUCCAGGAUUUCCUCCAAAAGUGUCUGUGUCUGAAUGAUGCUGAACGCUGGACAACCCAGCAGCUUUUGGACCACUCCUUCCUCAAGCCUCCAUCACCUAAAAACCCACCACAGUGCCAGGAUGCCAGCCCAGAAGAUCUCGCCGUGGACUUUGCAUCAUCAGUCAUCCCACAGAGCCACAUCCUCAAUGCUCCAUUCUUCUCCGGGGUGCAGAGGACCUUUUCUCGCUACUUCAACGAGUUUGAGGAACUCCAGCUUCUUGGAAAGGGAGCCUUUGGUGCCGUAAUUAAGGUUCAGAAUAAGCUCGAUGGCUGCUACUAUGCUGUGAAGCGCAUCCAGGUCAACCCAGCCAGUAAACAGUUCAGACGGAUCAAAGGCGAGGUGACGCUGCUCUCGCGCCUUAACCAUGAGAACAUCGUCCGCUACUACAAUGCGUGGAUCGAGCGGCACGAGACACCCUCCACAGGGUUGCUGGGCAACACAGACAGCUCUGAGCCGUGGAGCAGCGCCGACAAGCCUCCUCAGCGCAAAGAGGCUCCGCAGCGUCUCAACGAGCUGGGCCUCCCUGAUAACGUGGAGGACGUUGCCCCGCCCCCCACACUGUCGAGCUCGGUGGAGUGGUCCACAUCUAUCGAGAGAUCCUCCAGCGCCAAGUGUAGCAGGCACCAGUCAAGUGAUGAAGAGGACGAUGAUGAUGACGAAGAAGAUGUGUUUGGUGCCUCGUUUUUGCCAUCGGAUAGUGACUCAAGGAGUGACAUCAUCUUUGACAAUGGGGAUGAAAGCACAGACGAGAUGUCACUGGUUGAGCCAAGCAAAAGACCAGUGAUCGACACGACGGAGAGCACGGACUCAGAUCGACCUUUCAUCAUAGCACAUCACCUGUACAUACAAAUGGAAUACUGUGAAAAGAGCACUUUAAGGGACACGAUAGAUCACGGCUUGCACGAGGACCAGAAUCGGUUAUGGAGACUCUUCAGGGAAAUACUGGAUGGCCUUGCUUACAUCCACCAGCAGGGCAUGAUUCACAGGGACCUGAAGCCUGUCAACAUCUUCCUUGACUCGCAGGACCAUGUGAAGAUUGGAGACUUUGGCCUGGCUACAGACCAUCCCGCUAAUGUGGCUGCAGGUAUAUUUGAGGUGGAGGAGAGCGGCUCAGCAGUGAUGCCCAAACCAGACCCAACAGGUAACAUGACAGGCAUGGUUGGCACUGCCCUCUACGUCAGUCCGGAAGUUCAAGGAAACACCAAAGCCACCUACAACCAAAAAGUUGACCUGUUUAGCCUGGGCAUUAUCCUGUUUGAGAUGUCCUACCGGCCCAUGACGACUGGGGCCGAGCGCAUCUCUGUGCUGAGCCAGCUACGUGUGGAGCCCAUCAUCUUCCCUGAGGACUUUACCGCGUAUGAGCAAGGAACGCAGAGGAAAGUGAUAGAGUGGCUGUUGAAGCACGACCCGGCCCUGCGGCCCACCGCCCAGGAGCUGCUGAAGAGCGAACUGCUGCCUCCACCGCAGAUGGAGGAGUCAGAGCUGCACGAGGUGCUGCAGCACACCAUGGCCAAUAUCAACGGCAAGGCCUACCGCACCAUGGUGGGCCAGCUGUUUGCCCAGAACAUCUCUCCGGUCAUGGAUUACACCUACGACAUAGACCUAUACAAGGGCAGCUUCAGCUUCAACAGUGCCAAAUUGCAGCAGUAUGUGCAUGAAACAAUCACCAGGAUCUUCAAGAAGCAUGGUGCGGUGCGUCUCCAGACGCCGCUCCUCCUCCCAAGAAACAGGAAAUUGUAUGAUGGCAGCGAGCUGGCCUCCUUCAUGGACCACAGCGGAAUGCUGGUUACACUGCCCUAUGACCUUCGUAUGGCGUUUGCAAGAUUCGUCGCUCGCAAUAAUGUAACACAUCUGAAAAGGUAUAGCAUCGAACGCGUAUUCCGCCCCAGGAAGCUGGAUCGUGCACACCCGAGGGAGCUUUUGGAGUGUGCCUUUGACAUCAUCACACCCGUCACUAACAGCCUGCUCCCUGAUGCCGAGACCAUUUACACCAUCUCUGAAAUAGUCCAGGAAUUCCCCGCACUUCAGGAAAGGAACUAUAACAUCUACCUGAACCACACCAGCUUGUUGAAGGCCAUCCUGCUCCACAGUGGAGUCCCUGAGGACAAACUGAGCCAGGCCUCAAACAUACUGUGUGACGCCAUGAGCGAAAAGCUGACCAAACGUGAGGUGGAGGCAAAGUUCUGCAACUUUUCUCUGUCAACCAACAGCUUGCAGAUGCUGUACAAGUACAUAGAACAGAAGGGGGAUCUAGAGGACCUGGCGCCACUGCUGACAUCACUCACCAAACAGAAGACAGCCGUCACCCAGCUGGCCAAGCAGGGCCUCAAGGACCUGGAGGAGCUCACAACGCUGCUGCGUAGACUGGGAGUUAAACUGCAGGUGGUGGUUAACUUAGGCUUAGUUUACAAGGUGCAGCAUCACUCUGGGAUCAUCUUCCAGUUUGUGGCUUUCAUCAGGAAACGCAAGAGAACUGUACCGGAUAUCGUGGCCGCUGGAGGACGCUACGACCACUUGAUCCUGGAGUUUCGAGGGCCAGCUUCCACAGUGCCGGUGCCCUCUGCAGUGGGGGCCAGUGUGGCUCUGGACAAAGUUUGUGCUGCUAUGGCCAACAUGGAGGAGCCACCCUCAGUGAGCUCCUGCGAUGCACUGGUGGUCCCAGUUGGGCAUUCUUCUAUGUCCAAAGCCAUCAAUGUUGUCCAGAAGCUGUGGAGCGCCGGCGUCUCUGCAGACAUCGCCUACGAUGUCUCACAGUCUCAGGAGACGUUGAUGGACCACUGCAGGCUAGCCGGCAUCAACUGCAUGGCCCUGGUCUCUGACAAGGAGGGAAACUAUGUGAAGGUCAAAUCUUUUGAGAAGGACAGACAGUCUGAGAAGCGAAUUCCUGAGGCAGACUUGGUGGACCACAUCAUUCAGAAAUGUCGGACCAAAUUCUUUGACGAAAGAAACAUCAGAGAAAUCUCUGAAAGCAUGUCUCUUCAGAACCCUAAAGGAUCACUGCUCAACACCACAGGUUCUUCAGAACAGCAUGGGAGCAGUGGCAACAUGAAUGUGAAUGUCAUCAGCCCGGAAAAAGUUUCUUCCAGUGCUAGACGACGCUAUGAGACUCAGAUCCAAACCAGAUUACAGAAUCUCGGUAGCAAUUUGCAGAACAAGAGCAAUGACAUUGAGGUUCUGGCAGUAGACCUGCAGAAGGAAACGCUGAUCAACUUCCUGUCAUUGGAGUUUGAUAGCGAAGACCAGUUCAACAGCAGUGUAAAGACUCUGCUGUCUCGUCUCCCCAAGCAGCGUUACCUGAAGUCUAUCUGCGACGAGAUCCAUCAUUUCAAAAUUACGAAAAGGGUGGCGGUGGUGGUCUUGUACAGCUACAAGGACGACUACUACAAGAUCCUUCUCUGAAAACCAAACACUUCCACUGAUGUUUGAGAAGUCCCGCUUGGCUUGAGGCUCCAUGGACUCCCAGAGACUAUUCGCAUCCUGGGACCUACAGAAUCUGUUUAAAGAUUGUCAGAUACAUACCUUUUCCAUUUGGAAAGCGAGAGCCCAAAAAGACACGUGAUUUUCUUUUUUUUUUUUACCAUGUUGAAUGGUAACUCUAUUUGACCCAAAAUCCAUAACUUUCCCAACACCAUCCAGUGUUUUGUGGUCUUUCUCAGACAUAUGUGGACAAGAGGUUCACUGGACUUUAUUGCCUUAAUAGAACAAUAGAAGCUUAAGGAGAGGGUUUUUUACUGAAUAUCAUGUGUCAUAAAUACAACAAUUUCUUAUUAGCAACAGAAUUGAUAGUAGAAAUAAAUCACUUUUUCCCACA